GGGGAGGGGAGAAUCCGUGUGUCCCGCAGGCGCCGUGGGCGCGGAGGGAGCGCGAUGGGUGGUGGUGCUUGUUUUGGUAGGACGUAAUGUGGCCUUGUCAUCCGGGUUUGUAUUGUGGUGUAUCGUCACAGCUUCCCCAUGGAGACAUUCGCCAGAAGAUACGAAACAAGAAAUAAGGCAGCGGGAGCCAAACUGCCAUCCAAAUCCCGAGUUGACUGGAGACGCACGAAAAGGGAGCUGAUCCUGUUUGACAGCGAUGAGGAGUCCUCCUUUACCUCGGAGGAGGAGGAGUCAGCCACGUCAGAAGGUGAAAAAGAUGAAAGUGAUGUGAAGAGCGGCCUUUCAGAUCAGGAGGAGAAAGCCCACGGUGGAGAGAUAACAGAGGAUGGUGAGGACGAGUGCAUCGUGCCCAGAAAGCGUAAAAGGUUCAACAGCUCCGUUCUGGAUGACAGCGAGGACAGUGAGGACAGUGAUAUACUUGUUAGGAAAGUUUUUGCUAAACGCCGCUGUGUGAUUAAUGAAGAUGAGAGUUCCCAAGAACAGCAAAUCGAUAAAGCUGGCCCCGCAGAAAAUCUUUCUGUGAAGAGGAAGUGGGAAGUGCUGGCAAAAUUGCAGGAACUUGCAAAACGAAGAGCGGCUCGGACCUCCUCUAGAAGUGAAAAUUGUGAGGAUUCUGAUCAUGAAGCAGAAAUAGAAGAGGAACCGUUCUGCCAAGUGCUCCUCACGCCACCAGAAGGCAGUGAAACUGACAGUGGGAGCUUGAAAGAUUUUAUAGUUGAUGAUGACGAAGAUGAUGAUGACAACGUGGAGCAUGUUAAGUGUGAAAAACAUCCACAGCAGGAAGACCUAAAUGCAUCAAAUAGUGAAUUGCUGUCACACUACAUCCCACACUUAUGUCGCAGUAGUCCUUAUGAACAUUUCCAAAGAAUAGUAAAGGCUUUACUCAUAAAUGCAAUUGAUGGCACUUUUCUGAGCUCGCUGUAUGAUGGAACAAGACAAAAGAAGUAUGCACAAGAUAUGUUGCUCUCACUUCGUUAUUUGGAUGACCGUUACAUUCAGCCUCGUCUUGACAACUUAGUCUCUAGAAGUCGCUGGAAAGACCGGUACAAGGAGCGUGUGGAUUGUUACCCAGAUGUUCACAUAACCUUGAAGAGUCCGGUGCAUAUGCCUUGUCAGGCAUGUGAAAUGAAUCGCUAUUGUAAGUUUAAUGUGCUACUGUUUGGAAAGCUGUAUAAUAGUAGAACUCUGGAAGCAGAUGACUUCAUGUCAGAUGACAAACAGAAAUGACAUAAAACUUAUUCAUGUGAAAUGGCUUUAAAUGUAGAUGGACUUUGACUCCAUCUCCCUAUGCACACUCACAGUUUCACCUACUCUUAGUGAACAUUUAAGAUGGCUGAAGAUUCUUGCAAUGAAUGUAUUACUCGGUAUUUUCAGCUAAACAGCCUCUCUAUAAAAGGUGAGUUCAAGGCAUGUCCAAAUACUCGCUUCUAUUUAAUGUUACUUCUGAGGAUUAAACUACUCUAAGCUGUGCUCUGAUUAUGUAUUCACACAUGUAUUCACCAUUCAUUUAGCUGUAAAUGACUGCUCCAAAGAAAAAUGUUCAUAUCCUUUCUCUAUGGAGAUUGUAAAAGUAAAGCUGAUAAUAACUGGGAGAUGUAGAGGCUUUGAUUUCUACAGCACAGUUGCGUAGAUGUACCUCCCAGGUGGUUACACAAUAACAUUUGCCUUGUCUAAAACCUGGAUUGUCAGUUGUUAAUGUUAUGAAAUCUAAUAUAUACGUAUUUAUUAAUAUAUUUUUGUGUAUGUAUCUAUUGAUAUUCAGAUGUAUGUACUAAAAAAAUACCUGAAUAUUUUUCAGUCUACAGAACACUAGAACUGGUGUUUCCUGUCCCUCGGACAGGACUGCACUUUCAAAGCAACAGUCAUCAGACAGUUUCUGUGCUUUCACAGCAUGAAGGUUGUCUAAAAUGCUAGUGAGUUUCUAGAGUUCCUCCUGGAGACAACAGAGAUGCUGCUAAUUAUAAACACGGCUUUGUACAGGGUUUGCAGGAAAACAGUGCUGAUAAGCUGCCAUUGCAUACACUUGCAUGCUGCCUGCUUGCACCAAAAUUGUUCUGCCAUGAUAUUGAAAGCUACACAGUUUUACUCUUUUAUGCAUGUAGCAUCACUGAUUUCAGUAUUGAAAAAAUCUUCCUAGGCUGAUGGAUAACAUUUUAUUAGAUAGGCUGGUUUAUCCAUCCUUUAUAUUGUCGAGAUGAUCACUGUUCUACCUGAGAAACUGACUUGUUUACUUUGGUCUAGGUUUUGAAGGUUGGCGUAGUGUGUGCGGAUCGCACAAUAGUUUAUCACAACUUGAAGCACUUCAAGUACAAGUUAUAUAUGGAUUGCAGCUCCAUUACCAAGUUGGAUGGUGUUGAGGAUGAACCAGUUAAAGACAC